UUGAUUUUGUUUCUACAAUUUUCAUUCUCGUGCGUCGUUUUUUCAGCAAUUGGCGAAAUUUGCACGCGCUUCGUAACAAUAAAUCCAACAUUAACAACGCGAGUUUUCAUUUAAAAGAGUUGAUUGCAUCUAACGCGUUAUAUUUAGCACUUGGAAAUUACAAAUAAUAAACAAAGCAAACCGCAAAAAUGGUGGAUAAAAUUGAAAUGAGUUUGGAUGAUAUCAUUAAGUCGACGCGUACACAGAAGAAACCGCAGGGCAGCACCCGCGGUGGACCAGGCGGAGCACGUCGCUCAGGCGGCCAGCAGCGAUUUGCUGCCGGCGCUGGGCCACGUCGUGGCGGCGGAUCCCCACGCAAACCGGCACCAGCCAGCGGCGCCGGUGGCGUGCUCAAAGGUCGUCGUGGUGGCGCCGGCGGUGGCGGUGUUAUACAGAAGCCUCGGCUCGCACGGGGCGAUGUGAACAGCGCUUGGAAGCAUGAUAUGUACGAUGGUCCAAAGCGGAAUGGAGGCGCUGCUGGAAGCAGUGCUGGGCCAACACGGUUGAUUGUUGGUAAUUUGGACUAUGGCGUCUCAAAUACGGACAUCAAGGAGCUCUUCAAUGACUUCGGACCCAUGAAGAAGGCAGCCGUGCAUUACGAUCGUUCUGGUCGCUCAUUGGGUACUGCUGAUGUCAUCUUUGAGCGUAGAUCCGAUGCUUUGAAGGCCAUCAAGCAAUACCAUGGAGUGCCAUUAGAUGGUCGCCCCAUGACCAUACAACUUGCCGUCUCUGAUGUUGCAGCUCUCACGCGUCCCCUUCCCGCCGAUGAUGUGAAGCGUCGCGUCGGUUCAGGGCCACAAUUCAAGCGUGGUGGUGGCCAAGCUGGCGGCGCACCUCGUCGUGGCAGUUUUAAGCGUCCAGCUGGUGGCAAACCUGCACCUGGAGCUGGCGGAGCAGGCGGACAGCGUCGUGAACGAAAAGCUCCACCAACUGCCGAGGAACUCGAUGCCGAAUUGGACUCAUACAUUAAUGACAUGAAAUUAGUCUAAUUAUUAGCUAUAGUUUGAAUUUAGCCUAACAACAACAACAAACAACAAAUAUGGACUUAUUACGGGUUCAGCUUUAACGACGCGGAACCAAGAAAUAAUUCAACGAAACAAACGACUUGAGAGCAGAGAAGAGAAACAGCUUUUAGUCAUAAUUUCUUUACCUUCUAAUAAUUAAUUUUCACAUAAAUUAUGUAAAACACAAAAAAAAAAAUGCUGUUUGGAUGGAGCGUAGCGAA